GGAAAUAUCCUCUCUCGAAUUUUCUCGAAACGUAGAGCUCUCUGUGAAUAAUAUACACCGUUCCGAACAAGAAGAAGAAGAACCAGAAGAUAAAGAGAGAACAAUAAGAAGAAGAAGAAGAAGAUUCGCAGGCUAUUCUAACAGGAUGGUGAGAACGCAGUUGGUGGUAUCUGUUGUGCUUGUCUCGACAUUGUUGCUGUUGAAUGCAGAAGCCAAAACCGUUGAUCCCUACAAGGUUCUUGGAGUAUCUCGAGAUGCAAAGCCGCGUGAAAUCCAGAAAGCUUUCCACAAGCAAUCUCUGAAAUAUCAUCCAGAUAAAAACAAAAAUAAGGGUGCUCAGGAGAAGUUUGCUGAGAUUAAUAAUGCUUAUGAGAUCUUGUCUGAUGAAGAGAAGAGGAAGAACUAUGAUCUUUAUGGGGAUGAAAAGGGACAGCCUGGAUUUGGGUCAGGCUUCCCCGGAGGUAAUGGUGGCGGGUAUUCAUAUUCUUCAGGUGGUGGACAGGGUGGUGGUUUCAAUUUUGGAGGACCGGGUGGAUGGCAGAAUAUGGGCGGUGGUGGUGGCGGUGGGGGCGGUUCCAAAUCGUUUUCCUUCUCAUUUGGCGGUGGUGGUGGCGGUCCUAGUGCUAGUGGAAGUUCCUUUGGUUUUGGGAUGGAUGAUAUCUUUUCCAUGUUUGGCGGCGGUGGUGGUGGUGCUAAAGGAAGAGAUCAGUUUGGUGGAUUUGGUGGGUUUGGUGGCGGCUCAUCAAAGGCUGAGUCUGGGUCAAAGAGAGGUUCGGUUGCAACUGUCAAAACCGUAACUUCUCAGGUUUAUAAGAAAGACAUUGUGGACCAAGGGAUGACUUGGCUUUUGCUGUCUUAUCUUCCAUCUCAAAGAGGAACCCAGUACCAUGAAUCGGUCAUAGAGGAAGUUGCUGAGUCACUGCAAGGAGCGUUAAAGGUUGGGCGUAUAAACUGUGAAACAGAAUCCUCUCUUUGCAAACAACUUGGCGUAGUUCCUCGCAGGGCUCCAAGGCUGUUUGUUUAUUCAUACACAUCUAGUGGUAAAGCUACUUUAGCAGAAUAUACUGAGGAGCUUGUUGCAAAGAAGGUGAAAAGCUUCUGCCAGGAACAUCUACCGAGAUUCUCAAAAAAGGUUGACCUGAACACCUUCGAUGUCUCUGCUAUUAGCUCACAAGGGAUUCCUAGAGUUAUGCUCUUGUCAACAAAGAAAGACACUCCUGUCAUCUGGCGUGUUCUUAGUGGCUUGUACAAUGGACGCUUUGUCUUCUACAACACAGAGGUUCAUGAUGCUUCUGAUCCGAAGGUUAAGAACCUAGGUGUUGACGCGUUUCCAGCGAUAGUUGGCUGGUCAUCAAAUGGUGAGAAGCAAGUCUUGAAGACAGGGAUCACUGUGAAAAAUCUGAAAUCAGCUGUCCAGGAGAUUGGUAAAUUGCUAGAAGGGUUUGAGAAAAAGAACAAAAAGGCCUCUUCAAAUAGUCAGUCAGGCCAAGGAAAGAGUGAGCCCGUAGAAAAGAUACAUCUUCUCUCGAGAACAAAUUUCGAUUCCAUUUGUGGAGAGAAGGUUCCUGUUUGUAUCAUCGGUGCUUUCAGAUCUCCACAGGGUAAAGAGAAGCUGCACUCAAUAUUGUCGAAGGUGUCGCAGAAGUCUUUGUCUAGACGACAAGCUUCGGGAACAGGCUCUCAGGACACCGUUUCCUAUUCCCUUGUAGACGCGGCAAAACAAUCUUCGUUCUUGAGUUCAUUUGACAAAUCAGAGUUCAAAGCAUCUGAUAAGCUUCUAAUAGCAUACAAGCCUAAACGAGGCAAGUUUGCUACAUUUAAAGGCGACAUGACAAUGGAAGAAGCUGAGAAAUUCGUAGCGGCUGUUCUGAACGGAGACAUACAGUUCACAAAGACAAGACAGAAACCUCAGAUCAAGUGAAAGUUUUGUUUCCUCAGGGGUUAGUUUACAUGAGUCCUGUGGAGGUUCUUGUAAUUGGAGUCUGUGAUGAAAUAGUUUUAUAGGAAUAGAGUUUACAUAAACAUGGAACUGAGGUUAAUUUGUAAUUAUUAUGAAUGUAAACACUCUGGAGCAUAAUGCUCUAGAAGAGUAUAAUGAUGGUUGGUUCACAAUCACACAACAA